ACCUCUGUUCAGCCAAAGCCACCUCCCCAAACCCAAUCCCGUCACUAUCUCAUUCCCCUGACCGCCGGAACACCCUAGGCAAUGGAGCCCAAAUCCACCACCCCUCCCCCGCCCCCCGUGAUGGGCGCGCCCAUCGCGUAUCCUCCCCCGCCCGGCGCCGCGUACCCCGCCGGGCCGUACGUGCACGCGCCGGCGGCCGCGCUCUACCCUCCUCCUCCCCUGCCGCCGGCGCCCCCCUCCUCGCAGCAGGGCGCCGCGGCGGCGCACCAGCAGCAGCUAUUCUGGGCGGAGCAAUACCGCGAGAUCGAGGCCACCACCGACUUCAAGAACCACAACCUGCCGCUCGCCCGCAUCAAGAAGAUCAUGAAGGCCGACGAGGACGUGCGCAUGAUCGCCGCCGAGGCGCCCGUCGUCUUCUCCCGCGCCUGCGAGAUGUUCAUCCUCGAGCUCACCCACCGCGGCUGGGCACACGCCGAGGAGAACAAGCGCCGCACGCUGCAGAAGUCCGACAUCGCCGCCGCCGUCGCGCGCACCGAGGUCUUCGACUUCCUCGUCGACAUCGUGCCGCGGGACGAGGCCAAGGACGCCGACUCCGCCGCCAUGGGAGCAGCCGGGAUCCCGCACCCCGCCGCCGGCCUGCCCGCCGCCGAUCCCAUGGGCUACUACUACGUCCAGCCGCAGUAACGAAUUUGCUUCCUUAUCAUGGUUUCGCUUCCAUGCAGCCUUUGCGGGUUUUUAGUAAACUAUUAUUAUUACUGAGAGUGCCCUGUUGUUACCCAUGCUCUGUUGUUGCCACCCAAUAACUCGAUGACCUGAUGAUCAUCUGAUGUGCCUCCCGUUCCGUAACAAGUGAUUCCAUUUCUGAU